CAUGGUCAGGGGCUGACUGACAACUCAUGGGGUCCCCGGGCACUAGGGGAUCAUGGGGGCCCUGUGUCCUUGCCCAAACUCAAAAAAGCCUAUGAAAAAGGUACUAGGGGCAUCUCAUGGGGCCCCCUACUGACCCCGGGCCCUCGGGCAGUGCCCGAGUUUCCAAAUGGUCAGUCCACCCCUGAACAUGGUUUAUUAUACACAAGAAAGGAACUACCAGGGUUCAGCUUUUUCCAUCACCUGCAGUGUAACCCGCAACCUAGCAUGGCCACUCUUGUAUAUAAUUUGCCCUGAAUGCAAAAAUCUUACAAUUUUAUUUUAUUUUUU